AUGGAUGUCACGGACAACAUCGGCGACGCCGUUAAAGAACUUCACGCCGACCUCCGCCGGAAGUACCAAAUUCAUGCGGCCAAGCUGGAAACUGCAUGGCGUUCGUUCGACAAGGCGCAGAGAACGCGAUGCAUCCGUGCUGGAGCCGCCGACGGUGUUGUCCUGAAGCAUAACCUCGACAUCAGUCUCGGCAGCGUGUACAAAUUCCUUCCGGAAUGGAAUCUUCGCGAUAUCACCGAGCCUGGCUCCGACUUCCUUCUCGACCUCCUCAAGCACCGCGCCACUACGACUCUAGAGCAGCAAUAUAUCAAUGGCCCGAACGACGGUCCUGGAGACCAUGAAUACAUUGUGGAGAUGAUGCAGAAGAAAAAUCUACGUCACGUUGCAGAGUUCAAGGACUGCUACACGUUUUUCCUCGACAAGUAUUAUGGACAGUCUUUUCACUUCGUGCGUGAGAAACAAGCGACACUGGCGCAGUUUGCCCCAGCCGUUCGAGCUCGUCUUCUCAUUCCUCAGUCAACUGGCCAGUUGAUCCUGCAGAGACAGCUCCACCUGCUACAGGUACUCAACAUCAUGAUCGAAGACAUCCUCGACAUAGGCUCGCAGACCCGCAACCGGAAGCAGAUGCCUAAGAAGGAUACCGACUUUGGCCCGAUCGAGGCAUUCUCGAGCUUGUCUGUUAAAGAUGCGCCUGGCAAGGUCCAACUCUCAGAAGUAGUCGCUGGUGCUCGCGAUCGAAAGGCGGCUCUCGAAGAACGUGUGGAGCUAUUAUCGGCCGAGCCCGUCGUCCUUGCUCAUGCCGUCAAUGACGUCUUUUUCAGCCGCCCAGAGCUCCUUCCUGACGAGAAAGGCCGCUCGUUGCCGGUUCACACCGACAGGUACAUCAAUGCGGCGUUCUUCGACGCUGUACACGGCGAAAUCCAAGCUGCCGCUAUUUGGGCAUAUAUUACCCGACUCGUUGAGCUUCUUGAAGUCCCGAACUCCGAAAAAGCAUACCGCGCUCUGGUUCUUCAGGAGCUUUCCAACGUAUGUCAUAUGGAGUAUGAACGCUCCCAGAACCUCUUAAAGCGUCACCUUGCCACUGCAGAUGGUCCUAAGCGUUUCAAGCGGAUCUCCAACGCCUACGACAAAGCCGGAAAUGCACGCCUCAGCAUGAAGUGCAAGCCCGAGGAGCUUAUGAUCGCUGAUCCUCAACUCCAUUACCUAUUGCGUCUUUGCCAAUCCGAGACCACUGCUGCGAAGGCCAUCGACUGGAUGAAGAAGCUAGGCGAUCUCUACAUGACCCGCCCCUCGGAGCGCGAACGCAUAGAAGAGCGCCAGGCCGAGGCGUUCUUUGCUUUGGCCGUCAUCACUGGGUUUGUCCAGGAUCUUUCGUCCGCUGUAUCUCUCCCCGCUCCUUCUCGUAAGAAAGGCCAGGCAUUCUUGCAGAAAUCACAGCAGCUAGAGUGUGAGCUCGCGCCUUUGAAGAAGGAAAUCGACCUGCGAGACUACGCCGCACCAAUUGACCACCUUCUGGAGCCCGGAAUGGCUGAAAGUGCCCUGGGUGCUUUUGAGAGCUUCAUAGUCGACAACGCUGGAACGAAAAUGGGAUUUCUAUAUCAAGACAUCAUCACGGAUUGUCUUGCUCACCUCCAGGAUCAGUACGAACAGGCCAAAUCCCAGAAAGAGAAGGAUGACAAGAUCCAACAGGAGAAGGACUCCCAGGCCACACCAUUUCCAUUCUUUACCACCGAGGAGCCCAAGGAAGUGCGCAUCGAACGCCGCAGGGAGAAAACCAAAACGCGCCCGUCCCAGGCGUCCGCGUACGAAUUGGCCCCACGCGAUGAGCCCCCGAUCGGGCAACCGCAGUCCGCGCAGUCCAAAGAGAUCAUCAAGGUCAGCGCGCCGACCGGCGAAGUCUUCGACACGCUGUUCAACAAGUCGAAAGCUCGAGGAUCAAUCAGCUGGACGUCUUUCGAGGCAGCCAUGGCUGAAUUGGGCUUUUCAGUCUUUCCCAAGUACGGUUCAGUCUACACCUUCCGUCCCCCUUCACACUCGACGGAAGCGAAGCCGUUCACUAUUCACCGCCCGCACGGGGCAUCUAUUGAUGGUUACAAAAUUCUCAUCCUGGCACGGCGCCUGAAGAGGACGUAUGGAUGGGGCGAGGAGACGUUUGUGAUUGACUGA